UAAGAAAGUGGGAAAGCAGCUUUCCUCCUUGUAACUUAAGAGUCACUUAAGCUUUUUACGUGAAAAGACGUUGCGCUAAGUCCGAAUAAACUAUUUCAGGACGCCGAGGACUAUUCUUGGCUAAACUUUAGGAAAACUUCAAUCUCAUUUUCUUACGUAAUAACACGUAAGUCAUACGUCGACAAGGCAGUGGAUUUGAAAAUUAUUUUUUGACCUUCAUCACCACUGACAGUACCGAUCUUAUCCGACGGAGAUGCAGUAGCGGACAGUACAGGAACUUUGGAUCGGACAGCCGAUACUGCAUUGGGGUAGGUAAUGGGUUCUGUGCAUUAGAAUUUUCGAAUUUUUCAAACGUUGUCUCAAGUAAAUUCAAUUUCUCUUAGAAUCCACUGUGAAUGCACAUACAUAAUGCAUUAGCUUGGAUCUUGUUAACACGGAGUCAGUACUGUGCCACAUCUGUUUAUAUGGUGCUUACUGUAGAUUAUUAAUGCACGUACUCGUCACUGAGUUCGAUAAUGGGACAAAGGAACUUUCUGGGUUUUCGAUAUAUUAAAUGGCGUAUAUAGUAACCGGCAGGUUGUCGUGGCUGGUAUGCAGGACAGUAGGUCGGCAUCAGCAUCUCCAGCAGACAGCAGGCCCCACGAGCUGUCUUGGUACUCCUCCUCUACUCUCUCUCCCCGGCCGAAGAAGUUAUCGUGGGCCCUCGGGCCCCACUAACCACUUCCACCUUACGCAUCGGGGACUCUAUACUUCCGAGCUCAGGAUUUCGGCCCCGCAUUCGCCUACUGGACUUCGAUAUGUCGGAACACGUGUCUCUGGAUUCGCCAGAGUCUGCGUUUCUGGAUGAUCCGGACCUUGAAAUUCUCCGGCGAUACCCAAGGACCCAGUGGAGGCUUCCUUGAGGCGGUAGUGAAAUUCGAAAAAUCGUGUGAUCAGUGAGAACGACUUAAUUUGAACACGUGGCGGUGUGAAGGUGUCGUGAGAAUUUUCAUCAAAGUGAAUCAGUGCCUCCUGAACGCUUGAGGUGAUCAGUCCCGGCACAGGAUUUCAAUUAAACAAUUUGGUACCAUUGUAAAUCCAUUUUCAUUCAUAGUGCCACUCUGUGCACGGACCCCGUUCCUCCUCCAGGUCGUUACUUGAGUAUUCUGAGGAAAAGGGAAUCCAAAAGGGGGGAUUACAGGAUAGGGAGACGUCAGUGCCGACGAUACGAACUAGAAAGCGCCCGGGUGAUGUGAAUCCGCGUGUUCGGCCGCUCAUGGGAAGUGGGCCGACGCCCUGAAGCUAUAGGUCAUCUGUGUAUCCAAACGGAGGACCAAGCAAGAGAAGGCAGAUUCAGAAGGAAAGAAAGGAUACAGUAUAUGAGGAAGAAGAGAAGGUGAAAAUUGUGGAUUGUGGUCACGGUUGAGAUCAGCAAGAAGAAAUGAGCAGACGUACCUUACCGUUCGUGGGUCUUAACUCUUGCGAGAGGAUAAGGCCCGAACGGCCCAGGAAUCCAAUACAGAGGCUGGUAUGGUCCGGGGCCCAAUUUCAAGUCGGUCACUUGGAUCCAGUUGAAGAUGAAGCCUCGAAUCCACGUAUGGCCUUGAGGAGAUUGCUGAGGCUUUACGAAGGAAGACAGUAUCGUGAAGCUGCUGGUUUUCUAAUGCGACUUCCUGGUUAUACGCUCAGGGCUGCCCUGCCGGAUAUUCCUAUCGAUUUACUAAUUGAGACACUGCCCCAUAGUCUCGCACUGCUCGAGGCCCUUUAUUCCAGACUUUCUGAACUCAACGUUGACGACGCAAAGAUAUUACGUGUUGAACAAGUCCUGUGGAAGGUGGUGCAUCUUGUGUCGAGUACUCAGGAUCACUUCCACGUAAGAAUUUGGGCCAAGCUGCUUGCUGCGCUUCAGAGACUAGCGCCGACAUCGAAGAAUGCUCUUGCUACGAGACGAAGAGCUUUGGAAAGAGCUGUGGAAGGUCUUGGGAAACAUGGUCUUGUUCCUUCCGCCAGGAGUAAGCAUUCUGAAAAUGCUAAUACUCAGAAUCUUGUUCCCCUGCCUAUUGCCCUUAAAGAGGAACUUGAAUUACGGACGGAAGCUUACAAGCUGGCUUUGCACAAGAUCGAGAGUUUCGGAAAGCACGCUGGAAGCCACAAAGAUCACUGGGUCCAGGCUGCCUCCCAUCAAAGACAACUGUCCUUGAAAUACAGCGAGAUUCAGCAACGACUGAUCGACAAUCAAAGUCUACUGAACACCUUGGAGAAGACCAGCAGUCUGAGUUUCGAAAAUUUAUUGGACGAAUUGAAACGCAGAGUGGAACAAGAUAAGGAAGCCCUGAGGCAGUGGGCGCCACUGAGGAAGUCUGAUGGCAGCAGCACCAGUAGUAAUAAGAAUCCUGCAUUGGCCGCGAGACUCUUACAAUUCUCAAGAGGCUGCGGACUGGCUUUGCAGUUGAUGAGCGAAAACAAUCCUCAAGAGCUACAUCUAGAGAAUAAUGUACUGGAUGAUUACGAGGAGGAAUCUAGCAGCGCAGGAUAUCACACGGACGAGAGUGGCAGUCCUACGCCGGAACCGGAAGUCAGAAAUGAGAGUGUUGAUGGCCAGGAAAAUUUUCAAAAUAUUCACAUUGGUCAACCGAGCGUCGAGCAACUAACUGAAAGAUACGGUGCUCUGUAUGCUCAAGCGCAUUUGCAUACUUUGGAUGCACUUGAUGCACUGGAUUCCCUGAAAGACACUCCCGACCUGAAAGCAAAAAUUCUCUACUCGGUGGUAGUGUUAUCAUGGCGUCUGGCCGGUAUGAUUCAAAGUUCGCGGCGCCUGGAGGCGCUCAAGAUUUUAAACGGGAUAAACGGGCAGCCAAUGGGAACGUCGAACGUUUCGGUCUCGACGGAAAUGGAUAAUUGUAUCAGACAUCAGCUGGCGACUGCAGGGGUGCAAACUGGCGCACAGGAAGUAGCUAAGCAAGUGGUUAACCAACUCGAAAGGACCCUCUACGACUUCCCUUGUCUAAGGGGCUGCACGGAGAUUAAGCAAUACGCCGCGAACUGCUCGAGUCUAGCGUGGAUAUGUUUAGCCAGAACAACCCCUUUGGUAUUGGACGUCGCGCAAGGAGUUGAAUUCAGAAGGGAGGUCCAUGCAAGGCACCAUGCCUCCACGGAUCCUAAUGGCGCCAGGAUCAGGUCCGUACUUUGGCCUGGCCUUAGAGAAGGUUGUCAAGGACCUUGCCUGUACAAGGCUGUAGUACUUACCUCUUAAAUUAAUUGAACUUGAGUUACUUCGAAUAGGGUAACGUUUAAUGAAUUUAUAAUAUGUAGCAAUAACGCGACUUCGUUAUCAGUUAAUUAUUUGCCUGCGGUAUUCAGUGUGGUAUAUUGCAGUUCCAAAUAAUAAGGUUAUGUAACCUCGGAUGGUUCGUAUAAAACGGAUGAGUUACGUUUGUGUCUUUGAAUCGUCGGAAAUCAAUUCUGUUACUCUUUGUUCUCGAAUUCUCUUAGCUCAUUAUACAGGAGAUAAGGUCUGGAAGGAUUCUUUUGAUGCGUUUGGAAAGAUAUUUGCAUGACUCGAAUUUUCGGACCUUUGGGGGGAAUAAGAUGUGCGGAAUCGAAAACCUUAUAACUGUACAAAAAUAUUAUUACUGUAGAUCUGAGGGCCAAUCAGGAGGCUGGUAUACGUUUAAAACAUCAGUAAUUGGAUCUUUGACGUUUUUGAAAAAUGUAAAUUGCUAGCUAAUAAAUUAUUUCAUUGUUAUACUGUUUGAAAUUUAUAUUUGUGUUUGAUAAUGACUGCAAGGGAUAUUAUUGAUAAAAGUGUAAUUGAAAAAAAUCAGUCUGUUUACUACGUAAUAUUAAUAAACGUAUCGAUUGAAUAAAUUAGUGUCAACGAGCAAGUGUAAUUUAAGUUUUAUAUGUAAGACUCAUUAUUUGUACAUUAUGACUUUUUUACAAGAGCUUUUGUAAUAAAAAUAUACAUAAAAACAGAUUGUCAAUGAAUUUUCGAGGUUGGCGCUAACGCGCAAUAUCAAUUUCGAGAAAUAUGGCGUUGAAAUAAUAAUUUAUAUAUCGGCACGACCGUAUGUGACGCACAUGUGUAAACACGUUUCGACAUUUUCCAGUUGAGUGCUGAGAUCUAUACGUAUACACAGUAUUCAAGCUACUAGUAACACAUUAGGCUUUGAUACAAUCUAGGGAAAUUUGAUUGUACCAAAAAUUGUACUGAAAAU